UUUCUCGCCUUCCGUAGUCGAGCCUGUGAGGGUUGCAUGCUGGGAAACCACGUGUACGGAGCUGGCGAGUUGCGCGUUUGUGUUGACAGGUGUCUUGUGAGUUCAGCCGCCAUGUCGUCGUCCAAAGAGAGUGAGGCGGCGGAUGAGCGUUUCACGCGGGUCAAGCGGGACCCUCGCUUCUGGGAGAUGCCAGAGAGAGAACGCAAGGUGAAGAUUGACAAGCGUUUCCAGUCCAUGUUCCACGACGAGCGCUUCAAAGUCAAGUACACUGUGGACAAGCGGGGCCGACCUAUCAACCACACCUCCACCGAAGACCUCAAACGCUACUACCAGCUGUCUGACUCUGACGACCAAGAUGAAGAUGAGAGAAGGUCAGCGCAGGGCAAAGGUUCUGAUGAUGAUGAUGGUGAAGAAGAGGACAGCGAGGCAGGCGAUGACGAGUCUGGUUCGGAUUCAGGAGACGACAGCGGUCCUGACCUAGCCCGUGGGAAAGGCAACGUUGAGAGCAGUUCGGAUGAAGACGAGGAAGACGACGUGGAUGGAGUCCUUCGUUGUGAGGAAGAGGAGAUUGAGCACGAGUGGGGCGAGCUGUGCAAAGACGCGCCACGUAGUGACGAGGUCUCACGCAGACUGGCCAUGUGCAACAUGGACUGGGACCGCUUGAAGGCCAAAGACCUGCUGGCCCUGCUCAGCUCCUUCUGUCCUGAGGGGGGCGCUGUGCUGUCAGUUAAGAUCUACCCGUCUGACUUUGGCAAGGAGAGGCUGAGGUUGGAGGAGGCGCAGGGGCCGCCGGAGCUGCGAACACUGCCUGACGACUCCGAGGACGACACGGAGGACGACAGGACGUACAGGGAGAAGAUGCGAGACUACCAGUUCAAGCGCCUAAAGUAUUUCUACGCCGUGGCUGAGUGCGACUCAGCCGCCACCGCUGCCAAAAUCUACGAGGAGUGCGACGGCUACGAGUAUGAGAGCAGCUGCUCCAUCCUAGACCUGCGCUUCAUUCCUGAUGAGAUCACUUUCCAGGACGAACCCGAAGACACCGCCACCGACGUAAACCUGGCGGUGUACGCGCCCAAACUAUUCACCUCGUCUGCCAAUGCCACCUCCAAGGUCCAGCUGACGUGGGAUGAGACGGACCAGGAGCGCGUGACCGCACUCAGCAGGAAGAUGAAUAAGAGCGAGCUACUGGACAUGGACUUUAAUGCCUACCUGGCCUCCUCCAGUGACGAAGAAGACCUCCAUCACCUCCAUGAUCAGCCGGAAAGUGAGGGAUGUCUUUCGGCAUCAGCAGGCAAGCAGGAAGAAGAGAAGAAGAAGAAGAAGAGCGAGGAGCAGCUGUCCAAGUACCGCCAGCUGCUCAAAGGAAUCCAGGACAAAGAGAAGCAGCAGGACAAAGACAUGGAGAUGGAGGUCACAUGGGUGCCAGGGCUGAAGGAGACGACGGAGCAGCUAGUGAAGAAGAAGAUGGAGAAGAAGGAGGCGCUGACGCCAUGGCAGGAGUUCCUGCAGAAGAAGAAAGACAAGAAGAAACAGAAGAAGAAAGACCAUAAGGAAGCAGAUGAGGAGGAGAUCAGCGAUGAUGACCUUCCUCCUGACGUCAACCUCAGUGACCCCUUCUUCAGCCAGGAGCUCACGUCCUCAGACACCAAGAAGAAAAAACACAAAGAUAAGAUGAAGAAGAACCAGGAGGAAGAUGAGGGCAUGGCUGAAGAAGAGCUGGAGAGGCAAAAAGCUGCAAUGACGCUGCUGAUGGAUGACGAUGAACAGCACAAACACUUCAACUAUGACAAGAUUGUGGAGCAUCAGAACCUGAGCAAGAAGAAGAAAAAGAAGAUGAUCAAGAGCGGCCAGCAGCUGACUGACGAUGACUUCCAGGUGGACGUGAAGGACCCUCGCUUCCAGGCCAUUUUCACGUCCCAUCUCUUCAAUCUGGACCCGUCCCACCCCAGCUACAAGAAGACCAAAGCCACGCAGAGCAUUCUGGACGAGAAGCAGCGGCGCCGCCAGGAGGAAGAACUUCUCAAGAUGGAGGGAGCAGCGCCGAAGAAGCGGGCUAAAGAGCAUGACGCUGCGACACCAGCGGACGCCACCUCGCAGAAACAAGCGAUGGAGCCUAGCUUGUCUCAGCUUGUUAAGUCCAUUAAGAGCAAAACGGAACAGUUUCAGGCCCGGAAGAAAGCCAAGAUCCUUUGACUGACUGGACCGCCUCUUUGUACAGAACCUUUAUCAAGCCAACACAUUCGACAACUACUUCAUUCAUGACAUGCAGCUAAUUAGCAUGGAUUUAUUACAUCAUGUAGACAUAAAAGAUGUGAUCGCUCCUGUGAGACAUUCUAGAGUGAAGCUUUUGUGAAUCUUCUUUUUUUUAAGUUGCUUUUAUUACAAUCCUGAAAUGUUCUGGUCCAAAAGAUCAGAUGAUGAAAUCCUUGUCGUUUCUGGAACGUGGUUCUUUACGGGCCCGGGUAUUCAAAGACGGCAGCCGCUCCCAUCCCGGUACCGAUGCACAUGGACACGACGCCAUAGGCCCUGCAUACAAACACACGUGAGGCCUGCGCACAGCGUCGAGGAGCGCCCCUGACCAAUGACACCGACCUUCGUCCGCGGCGCCGCAGCUCAUGCAGCAGUGUCACCACCUGGCGGGCGCCGGUACAGCCCAGUGGGUGACCCAGAGCAAUGGCGCCCCCGUUUGGGUUCACCUUUUCUGGCGGGAUGCCCAACUUCUCGAUGCAGUACACAGCCUGAGCCACAUGGUGGCCAAAUUCACUGUGAGAAGGUUCCAGAAGGGCUGAACGCAUCCAGCUGGGUCUCCACUCACCUGACUGGCGAAGGCCUCAUUGAUCUCAAACACGUCGAUGUCGGCCACGUUGAGUCCUGCUCGCACAGCAGGGAUGGCAACAGCCGGGCCGACACCCAUCACAUCAGGAGGGACCCCCACCACAGCACUAGCUUUCAGGACUCCGAGGACCGGCAGACCCAGUGCCUCCGCUGUGGACCUGCGGCCCAGCAGAACAGCGGCAGCCCCAUCGCUCACCUGGCUGGAGUUGCCUGGCGCGUUGGCGAGCGAGCCGUUAGCGGUCGCGAGCGAGUUGUGGUCGUUGCUCAGGAGAACACGACUCACCGGCCGUGGUGGUGCCAUCGGGCUUGAAAGCGGGUCGCAGUCUGCUGAGACCUGCCAGUGUCGUUCCCGCUCGGAUCCCAUCAUCCUUAGCAACUGUCACCUGCCGUUCUGUGCCAUCCUGGUCUACCAGCUUGGUGACGAUGGGAACGAUCUCCUGGUCAAACAGACCCGACUGCUGCGCCCGCGCCGCCCUGAUGGAGGCAGGAGACACAGGCUGACUUCCACCUCUCAGUAGAACUAAGGGCAGACAUGUUUGAUUACUUCUGCUGCGAUGUCACAGCAAAGACAUCCUGCUUCUCUCUGGACACACCAAACCUCUCUGCAACGUUCUCUGACGUGAUGCUGCACACACACAUACACACAUACAUUCAGUGUAACGCCAUCAGAGGACAAGGCACAAGCGUGUGACUUCUGACCCCAUGGGGAUGAUGCAGUCUCUGGCCUUUUCAUUGUCCACGAGCCUGGAGCUCAGGUCUCCAGGGUUCCCGAUGGAGCGCAGUGACAUGCUCUCCACGCUGACACACACACACACACACACACACACGUUAGGAUGUUUUCAAAAGUUGGGGGCGGGGUGUCAGACGUACCCACAGGCAAGGCCCAAGUUGAUAGAGCCACUCCUUAUAGCACCUGCACACAUACACACAAUCAGGUCUCUCUCUCACACACACACACGUCAUGUGCACACCUGCAAUGUUAAGCAGCGCCUGUAGGCCAGACGAGCAUUGCCUGUUGACCGUGUAGACAGGCACCGACUCAGAGAAGCCACUGGAAAGAAGGUGGAGCCGUCAGUGACAUCAUCAACAUCUGCCAUGACAUCACCAUUGGCUGUUCGGACCUGAGGAAGUGAGCCACACGGGCCAUCAGAGCACCGGCGCCAGGCUGCAGCACAUUUCCUGCGGAAGGAAAUACCUAUUGACAACUAUAAGACGUGGCGGCCAUGUUGGGCGCGUGUGACGUCACAGCUUACCCACACACACGUCACCCAGCAGCUGAGAAGACAGGCCGACGUCAUUCAGCACGGCGCUCAUCACAGCACUCAGCAGCUCAUCAGGUGUGGUGUCCUUAAACGUGACGUCACGUUUUCAUUGUGUCAUUUAUCGACCAGCGAAAGUUACUACUUAUACAAUGUUACCAUACAGGGUUAUUUGUGCUUAACAAUGAAAAGUACUUUAUCAACUUUUAGUUACAGAUUACUUACCUUAAAAUUUCCGCGCUUGGCCUUUCCGAUGGCGCUCCUCAGGCCAUGAACGACCACCACAUCGUCCGGGCCACCGGCCACAGCGCACUCAUUUGGCCUUAUUUUCCAUUUGCCCGUAUCGGACGGACACAAAUGCCCCGAAAUCACUUUUAUUCUCUGCAUUCUCUGACGACGGACAGACGAGUUGUUUGGAAAGUGAAUGUGAAAUUUGGACCGGAAGUGACGAAAGCUACCUGCUAGCAGGCUUUGUUGCCUUCACCAAUAGGUUAUUUAAAAAAAAAAUCAACUCCAAAUGAUUUUUUUUAAAUUUUCAUGAUUAAGGCCACUGUCGCCAACGCGCACAUUCAACAAAGACGUCAAAAAUAAUUUUCAACAAACAAACAAUCGUCCUCCUCUCACAAUGCAACAACACAAACGUCACAAUGUAUUUCCGGCACCAGGUUACCCUGGCGCUUUCAAAAUAAAAGCAGACUUGGAUAAGAGCUGCGAGGCAGACAGCCUAGACUGCAGGCUAGAAGAGUUACAAUAUAACAAAAUAAACUAGUGUCUCUUUGAGGAAAAGUCUUCAUAUUUAAGGCAAAAAGGAGUCCAGAUGAAGCGUUCAUGAUGGCGGUGCACAGGAGGACAUUUUUCCACAGACGACACAAAACACAAAGUGUAGUUUUUGAUUGUUGACUCACAUUCCAAUGUUGUUUCUUGGCAACAGUGACCAUUGUGAAGAAACACAACAAGUAGCUGCUCAAGUGAACACAAACGUCAAUAGUCAACGUCAAUAAUAACGUGACGUUCGCGAACGAGUCGAUUCCUUUAAAAGGCUCUUUCAAGUGAACGAUGAGACACAAUUCCCUAAUUGCCCACUGUGUCAUGUGCGUGCAACAUCAUGGGGCCUCCAUAGGUCCGAGUUGUCCACACUGCCUUCAGGUGGACAACUAAUGAGUUAUCCACAGCACGCUCCAGUCACAGCAAACUCAGGGGAGGAGACAUUAGCGAGUGCUACCCAACUGGACUCAAGACUUUUUUUUGCUGCUGCAUCAGGGAGGAGAUAUAAGCGACUUAGAAAAAAAAACACACACAAAAUGAGCCAAAGUAAACAUGUCAGCAUUUGGAUAGACUUUUUCUAGUUCACUGUUGUGGAUCUGAUUCAAGGAGCUGAGCUCGUGCUUGUAAAGUAGUUCAGGCAUACACACACCAGGUACGGUAGGUAGUACAAUAUUGCAUUUGCAUUUUUAUUAAGUCUUAAUUUUUUAUUCUAGUUUUAUUUUUAUAUAUAAAUCUUGUUAUUUGUAUAUUUUUUCUGGAUUCAUAAGAUGUUCUUGUGUGGAACAUUUUGCAGUAAAGGUGUUUUGCUUGGAAGUUAUCUCUAGCCAGCGUAGUUUUAACUGUGCCACAGUUUUUAAGUGGGGUAAAAUUCAAUAUAGUGAUCUCACUGUCAAAAGCAUGGAGAUAUGGCACUACCUUAUGGAAUGUUUACGAUGAAAACACAAGCCAAAAUAUAAACAAUAUUUCAGAAUUAUUCCCACCAAUAGAGUAUAUAUUGAUGAGAUGCGUAGUUUGAAUUAUUCUGAUUCAAAUCUUAUAACUGCUACCAGUGAUUGUUUCCUUGAUAAAAACGAGUACCCCUGGCUGAAUUCUAAAAGAUAAAUAUAAUAAUGAGCCAGGCUUCUGAACAGCUCUUUCAAAGGAAUGGCUCCUCAAGAUCCGGCUUCCUUCAACGAGCCAUAAAUCCCAUCACUACUAAGCAGCAGCAGACACACUCAGGCGUAGAAGAUGAGCUCAGGGAUCUGUCCGCCUUGCACGCCGGUGCCGUUGGUGCUGUCGGAGGAGCACUGGAACUGGAAGGUGACUUUGCCGCACUGUACCUCGGUCAUGCCCUCCUGGCCAAAGUAGCUGAGCUCAUUGCCAUCCAGGACCACGCUGGCCGUGUAAAAGGUGUCGGGCUCGAUCUGGACUGGGUACUCAAACCAGACAGGGAAGGUGCUGCUUGAGCCGUCUGAGAAGUACUUGAUGACGCGCUGCGCCAUGGCCACGCCCUGACGCUUCAGCUCAAUCUUGGCGCUGUACUCGGCCGAGCCGCAGCUGGACCCGUACAGGCCAAAACCGGCGAUGAAGACACGCUUGUCCACAGCGAACUGGAUGCUGUCGCAGCGGCCGCGGUACCGCCACUGGUUGCUCCGGUAGGCGCACGACUGGAAGCGGUGGCAGCGCUGCGGCGCCAGGCCUUUGCGAGGUUUGGUGCAGAACAAGAGCUCGGGCUUGUUGGCGGCUGUGUACCACAGGAAGAUGUCAUUGGUCUCGUUGAGUGUCAACACGCCCGAUUGUGCUGCCCCGUUAGCAAAGUCUUCCAGCGCCAUGGUGGGGAUGCGGAUCAGGUAGAUCGCCUUGCCCAGAACCAGACGCUUGUUCUCGAUGCUGGGCUGCAGAUCCUGCCGCUGGCACUCGGCCUCAGCCCAGCUCAGCGCCGCCUC